AGUGCUUUAAUCAUUUUUUCUUCCAGAACAGUCAGUAAAGCCCUAUACAGAAAGGGGAGAAAUGUACCCUUAUGCUGUCUCUUCUUCCAUUCUUCGCUGCCGAGCUACGGGUCACUCUUCCUCUGCUGCCUUUUUGGCAUCUUCUUCUUCAUCUCUGAUUUCGCUCUUUGCAACCAAACCUAUAUCACUUAUGCGUUGCUAUGGUGGCUUAGGCCAGCUCAGUGGUGCUUCGAGAUCAGAAGAAGUCAAGUCAUUCUCUACAGAUUCACCACGAGUACUACAAGGUUGCAUCGGUGGUCAUCAUUCUUCUCAAAAUUUUGCAAGAGGGGGGUUUGCAAGAACUUCAGGGUUAAGUUCUGCUGCGAUGGAUGUGAAAAAUAAUGUGUCUGCUCCCUAUGCUUUAUGUUUUCGUAGUUUCAUAUAUUCUGCCAGUGGGAGAAAUUUUGAGACUGGGAGGGGUUCCAACUCCAUGAAUUUUGUCAGGGGAAUUAUCGAGGAAGAUGGAAAGGGCUUCAUGGGGGGUUCUCAACUUUCUCGAUAUAAUGUCGAGCAAAAUGCUAUUUAUCAAAAAAAAAAUGUAGAGAUAAAUGCUGAUAUUGUCCACUUAAAGCUGCUGCGUAACAAUACUUUUGUCACGGUGACGGAUUCUAAAGGGAACACAAAAUGUAAGGCCUCGGCAGGAUGCUUGCCAGAACUGAAAGGAGCUAAAAUGUCUCGAUAUGCUGCUGAAGCAACUUCAGAACAUGUGGGGCGAAUGUCUCGAAAUUUGGGGUUGAAAUCAGUUGUAAUGAAGGUGAAAGGGUUUACUUAUUUUAAAAAGAAAAGGCAAGCAAUCAUGAGCUGGAGAGAGGGCUUCACUAAUUCUCGAGGGGUUCAGAAUCCAAUUGUAUACGUUGAAGACACAACUCGGCGUCCCCAUAAUGGCUGUCGGCUCCCUAAAAGGCGUCGUAUUUAACUAUUGGCAGUUCAGAUGGUUGCUGUUGAUUGAGCAUUAUGAUGGGGAAUUUUUCCAGUUGUGGUUGAACCUCGUGGUGCAAAUAAACUUAUGCAAGAUGUGUUUAUUAUGUUUGAAGACUGAUUCCUUCAUGAUGCUAGAUGAAAACUUGAUGGAGGCCACCUUAGAAUUUUUAAACUCAUUUAUCUGUCUUGUUAUGAUAACUUGGUUAAUGAGAGAUUUCCCGACCAUAAUAGAGCUGGGGCAUUUUUCUUCUU